AGAAAACGAUUGUUAGUAACUAACGGCUCAGGAUUGUUUAUGUGGAAUGUAUUUAAAACAGAUUGAAACAAUAAGAUUUUAGAGUUGCCUUAAGUUGAAAUAAUUAUUUUGCUUCUUCAUAAUGUCCCAACACUUCUCCAUGGUUAAUCUUGUUGUGUUCUGUCAUUGGAACUAACAGAAACAAACGGCAAUGCCGCAAACAGCUGGCACGACAAACCAAGUGUAAAAAUAAAAUCAAAAUAUUACGAUGUGAAAAACAUAAUUAACAGCUAUGAACACUUUAAGUAAUACUGAUACCAUAAGUAAUUUCGUUCCGGCAUGUCUUUAGAAAUAAUAGACUUAUCGACGGGAGUCGAUAACGUCUCAACAAGUAAGAAUCCGGAAGACCUGAGUGCCCAAAUAAACAAACUGAAGGAGACUUUCUCUGUAAACACCGACCUUUCAGCGCUGACCGACUUGUGCGUAAAACAAUCUGAAUAUUAUAACGACUGCAAGCCAGAUCUGCAGCGUAGUUUUGGUGAAAAGAACUCCUUACUAUACACCGUGAAGUUUUCCACUUAUAACACCGAGUUUUGUUUGAAACUUCUAACGUUCCAGUAUGAAAAUUCUUACGAGAUUCUCAAAGUGGACAUUGAACCGGAAAACGAGCGUUACAGAAAAGAAUUGGAGUACUGUUGCAAUUCCUUGAAACGUAGACGUAACCUCAAUUUGCUGUUCAAGACCCUGAUAGAGUUUUCAAAGGCUUUGGAGUCGCGCAGACUCAUCGUUGAGAUAAUUUUAGCCAGGUCUCGGUACGUAAACAUGGAAGAGAAUGUGGACGGAGGUGUGAUAAUUAUGUACCGAGAUUUGAAACUAAAUAUCCGUCUGGGUAUAUUUUGGAGUGUGGUCUGCCACUCCGACUUCGAAAUAAACGACGUAAUCGAAGUAUAUUACAACAAUAUAGAAUUGCCCAAUUUGGAGGACAUUAAAAAAACUCUGGUCAGCCUGACUCAUCCUCAGCUUAACUUUCGUGAAAAGUAUCACACUUGGAAGUACCUACUGAGCCAGGUAUGCAGCAAUACAAAAGAACCGAUCAAAACGGCCCGAAGUCAUCGCAGUAGAAACAAACCGGAGAAAUCUGCCCAUGUUUCCGAUAGCGAUGUUGAAAUAGUCGAAGUAGUUGCCGGAAGUUCCCAUAUCGUUGUGCAAGAUAAGACUUUGGAAAGGGAAAAAUGUGACGUAGAAUACCCGAGGAUUUCUAUUUCGGCCCGAAGCAGCGAUAGGUCCAUUAGGACGAUUUCCUUAAUUGACGAGACUGAAAAUGAGACUAAUAUCGAAAGUGAUAAUUUAAUUUCCAAAUCUCUGAGCGGCAGUGAAGCUUUGGGGAAGAUCGGGAGAUCAUCGAAGCCUGUCGUGAUAAAUGGGGUUGUAAAGUCUUCAAGUGCCGGAAGGACACACGAAUCUCCUCCAGUUGAGAUUUUGGAUGUCAAGAGCAAAAAUACUUCGAAAGUGGAACGCGAAGGUUGUUCAUCAGAAGCAGAUUGCGUGUUGGUGGUUUCAGACGAAGACUGUUACGACAAAACCCGCAGUUCAAUCAAACGGCAGAGGCUCAAUAACGAGGUUUACCUCGUUUCUGACUGAUUUGUGUUUUUUACGGAAAACGAGUAAAAUAACGGCGAAAUAAAUAUAUGUCUACAUAAGAGAA